UCGGCAGUUCCAGCUUAAUUUCUCACAACAAAAAACUCAUUUCAUCAAUCACUUCAAAUCAUUUUCUUCUGGGAAAUGGCUUCUAAUGUUAAAGCAUCAACUGCUCUUGUUCUUUCUCUUAACCUUCUUUUCUUUGCUUUUGUAAGCUCUCACAACGUGGAAAACCCCGUUUUUAUUCAUCCCGGAGAUGUGUACCAUAAUGGCAGAAUCACUCAUGGUCAUCCCGGUACAUGCAAUCCCCUAAAUCUCGGUGUAUGCCUUGGCCUGUUGGAUUUGGUGGGUGUUAGUGUCGGAAACGUACCUACAGAACCAUGUUGCAGCGUGAUUCAAGGAUUGGUCGAUCUUGAAGCUGCAGUUUGCCUUUGCACUGCUGUCAGAGCCAAUGUGUUGGGCAUUCCCAUCCACCUUCCUAUUUCAUUGAGCCUCUUACUCAAUAAAUGUGGAAGAGAAGUAGCUACGGAAUACAUUUGCAGCCCUUAAAUAGCCUUCUUCCCACAUUCUUUGCUUUAAUUGUGUCUUGAAGUUUCCGUUUUCUAUUUGUUCCAUUUUUUAUGUUUCCUUUCUGAUUAAGUCUUUGUAUUGUUGCUCAUGAGUUGAGGACGGCUUUCAACCUUCCCUUUCAUUUUUAUUCUAAAUAAAAUGAGAAUAUUAUUUGAACAAAAAAUCCUAUUUUAUCAUAAUGAGUUGGAAGGGGUGUUUUUAGGGGGAAAAAUCAUAAUUAAUAUUUUCAACAUUAUUUUUAAUGUUAUAUGACUACCAAGUGGAUUUUUUA